CCGGGAUUCCGCACGGCCCUCGGGCUCCGCAUCACCCCGCCGGCGGCCGGACUGGAACUUUCGGCACUUUGGGACCGAGCUGGGGGGGCCCUCCCGGUGCGGACAGCCCCCUCCCGGUGCGGGCAGCCCCCUCCCGCGGCCUGGGAAACGCUGCUCGUGCGCGUGCACCCCUAUAGGCAGGGCGACAGCCGCACCUACACACGCCCGUGUGUACCUAUGGCGGUGCCGGCACCGGGGGCUUUCCAACACACGUACCUGCCCCCCCGCCCCCCCUGUGCUGGGGUAAGUGUCGACACACGCGCACACACGUGCACCGCCGACUCUUACAUAGGCCACAUAUAUGCCAAGACAUAUAUUUUGUGUACGUGUAUCUGUGCGUGUCUGUCACACCUAUAUACAUCAGCGGCUGUCAAUGCUUUUGAUACACGUAGAGGUUUGUAUGUAUAGUUGUGUGUGUGCCGGUGUGCUGUAAGUGUGCGGGGUAGGGGUGUCGCUGUGUCGGGGUGUCGGUCGGUCCGUGCCUGGCCGGCCCCGCAGGGGUGGGGGGUGUGAGCCGGGGUCCCCCCCGCGGGGCCGGGCUACUCCGCUCCCGGGGCGGGGCCGUUCCGGUUCCCGGUUCCCGCCCGGAGCCGCUCGCAGGACCUCCCGGGCGGGGGCAGGACGAGCCCAUGGCCAGGAAGGAGCCGCUGCUGAGCGCCCUUAAAGGCGGGGUGCUGCGGCUGCGGGAGGGCGGGGGGCCCUGCACCGACACCUCGCCGCACCUCGCCUCCCUCUGCCAGCUGCUGGAGAGCAUCCUGCGCAAGGGGCUCCAACAGCCAGCCUGGGGCUUCAGGAGACGGGAUUACUGGCACUGGCUGGAGCAGCUUCCCACAGGAACCAGCGGCGGCAGGCCGACCCCUCUCUCCGCCAGCAUCCAGCAAGUGGGCAACUGCCAGGGGGUGCGGACGGCGCAGGGUCGCGGGCGGCACUUUCUGCGCUUGGCCCUGCAGAGGAAGGUGCUGGCGGCGGCCGUACAGCAGCUGGCGCAGACCCCCCGGCUCCUGGAGUUUUACGAUCCGGUGAGCUCCAUCCUGGGCAAUGAAGACCUUCUGGAGCCCUUCCUCUCGCUGCUGCUGGUGAUGACAGAGAUGGAUUUCUCUCUGGACCUGCAGAACUGCAGCUUCUUGGAUGAAAGCUGGCUGCUGCCGGUGUGCAUCACUUAUGAGACGGUCCCGUGCCGAGCACUGGGAAUGGUGCUAAGGUACGUGGAUGGCCGCGUCUUUGUCACCGAGGUGCUCCCUGAAAGCCAGGCAGAGGUGGAUGAGGUGGUGCUCGCCGGUGACAUCCUCGACGAGAUCAAUGGCUGCUCUCUGAGAAAUGCCUACAACGGGCAGGCCGGGGCCAUGCUGCAGAAGCUGAAGGGACAGCCGCUCAGCUUCCGCCUGCUGCGAUGGCGGUGGCACGACGGGGAGGUCUACGAGCCGCUGCUGCCCUACCUGAAGGUCCUGAAGGAGAAGGAGCCCCAAUUCCAGCUCCAACGCGGUCCCCGGCACAGGAGCGAGGGGGAGCCAUGGGGGCUGCAUGGGGGCAGGCUGCUUUACAACCUGCACUACCUGGGCCAGACCAGCGUUGGGAAGUGUGGUGGCAAAGAGGUGCUGGACCGGGCCAUCCCCGCCGUGCUGGAGAGGCACGCGGCAGCGCGGAUUCAGGUGCAGGAGCACUGGGUGGUAGAAAAAAGGGCAGCGCAGGGAAAACUCCUUGAAGAAGCUGUGCGUGACUGUGCUUCAUCACCUCCACUUCCGAAUAAUCUCGCUCUUGAAGCAGAAGUGCUCAUACGGGAGAAACCUUCUUCCAAGCUCCUGUGCCGCUACCCCUACCCCACCAUCUCCUGCGUGGGACGCUGCAUGGACAGCAGCAAUGUAUUCGCCUUCUGCGUGGCUGCUUCCCCGGAGAGCCCUGACAGGAGCACGUUCGACUGCCUGGUGUUUGCAUCGAGUUCGGAGCAAGAAUGCGAGGAAAUCAUCAGGAGAAUCGCUGCAGGAUUCAAGCACACGGAGUGGUUUGUCUGAGAAGGGAGAGCCCUGGCUCCAGCCCCCCACUCCCGGGAGCAGGAGCCGGGACGGUUUCACGCCGCCGUGGCCAUGGAAGGAAGCACUGCAAACGCAUCCAGUCAGCGAAUGAUGGUGCAGGUGGCCAGUGCUGCUCUCAGGUGUAACUAUUGCUGUUUAUUCCUCCUGGAAUGCUGCUUCUGCCAUAGCACUUUUAAUUUCAUGGAAAUAAAUUGAGAUGAGCUAGUUCA